GGGGCGGGUGGAGGCAAGGCUGGAGAGCGGAACUGAAAGCCUGCACAGCCCAGCCUGCCAGGUUGCUGCCCUGCAGGCACUGCCCCAGCACCCCAGGACCCCAUGCCAAGGCAGGAUGGAGGAUUUAGAUGCUUUGCUGGCAGAACUGGAGCAGAGCUCUCGCCCAGCCUCCAAGGACUGCACACUGCAGGCACCAAGCUCCUGCAAGCAGGAUCCAGCCACAGCCAGGCCCCCAGCCCCCCGUGGCCAUGAGCCACUUGCCUCGUCAGCCCUGAAGGUGCAGCUGCCACCUCGGGCUCAGCCUCCAGGAGAGACUUUGAAGACAGUGUACAGCAAACCUACGCCAGACCCGCAGCUACUGCUCCCCUCGCCCCCACCCACGGUGGCCGCCCAGCAGCUGGAUGAGCUCCUGGCCGACCUGGGCCACAUGCAGAGCAAGCUCGUGACUGUAGGGCAGGGAGCCGGCGUGCCAGCGGAGCCCUCGCUGGACAACAUGCUGGGCAGCCUCACCCGGGACCUGCAGGAGCUCGGCAUCACAGCCGCUCCCGCUGGCGUCUGUGGCGCCUGCUGCAAGCCCAUCACUGGCAAGGUGCUCACUGCCCUGGGCAAAACCUGGCACCCCGAGCACUUUGCCUGUGACCACUGCGGGCGGGAGCUAGGCAGCCAGCCCUUCUUCGAGCGGGGCGGGCAGGCGUUCUGUGAGGAGGACUACCACCAGGCCUUCUCCCCCCGCUGUGCCUACUGUGCCAGCCCCAUCCGUGAGAAAGUCCUCACAGCCCUGGACCAGACCUGGCACCCCGAGCACUUCUUCUGUGCCCACUGCGGGAAAGUGUUCGGAGAUGACGGUUUCCACGAGCGGAAUGGGAAGCCCUACUGCCGCCAGGACUUCCUGGCCAUGUUUGCCCCAAAAUGCCAGGGCUGUGAGCGCCCCGUGACAGACAAUUACCUGUCAGCCCUGCAGGGCGUGUGGCACUCCGAGUGCUUCGUGUGCGCGGAGUGCCUGUGCAGCUUCGCCAGCGGCUCCUUCUUCGAACUGGAGGGUCGGCCCUACUGCGAGCUGCACUUCCACCAGCGGCAGGGCAGCAUCUGCCACGGCUGCAGCCGCCCCGUGACCGGCCGCUGCAUCACAGCCGCGGGGCGCAAGUACCACCCCGAGCACUUCAUCUGCGCCUACUGCCUGGGCCAGCUGCAGAAAGGCACCUUCCGUGAGCGUGGCAACAAGAUGUACUGCCAGGCCUGUGACAACAAGCUCUUCCUCUGACCCCCAGCACCUGCUCAGCACAUAGCCACCGCUCCUGCCUGGUGUCCUGGCACCAGCCCUGCUGAGCUAAACAUCCCUUGUAUUGCCCCACCCAAUGGCCCUGGCAUCGGUCCUGCUGAGCCAAACGGCCCCAGCAUCAUUCCCCAUCCCCCUCCCCCCCAACGCAUUCCUAGCAUUGUCCCAGCCAAGCCACACAGCCUGGCACUUAUCCUCUCUACCUGAAGCAA